AGGCAGGAGAAGGACAGCAGAAGGCAGGGGUCGAGGCGCAGCGACGUUGAGAUCGCUGCCCCUCGCAAGUCUCAAGUUUGGCGAGCAGCGCGUGUAUGUGAACAAGCGAGCAGGAGCCAGCUCGUCCCUUGUAAGCUCUCUGAAUCAUCCUUAGGAGCAGGCUGCUGCAGCCGGCCGCCAAGCGAGCUGUGCCGCGCGCGUUUGCCUCGGACCCGCGGGAGACGCCGAUUGCGCGCGCGGGCCGGCACCUGUCUUCCUUCCCGCGCUUUUCUUUCUCUGCUGCUGCUGUGCUGCAGCGCGCCUCUGCCGCCCCUGCGACUUCCAGCCCGUCCAGCCCCCGGGACUCGCACCCACCCCCCGCUUCCGGUGCUAGCUAGCAGCUGCAGCGCCCUCCGCUGCCGUGCCUCUGCCGGAUGACGGCGGCAGCCUCCGCGGCGGCUGCGGCAGCAGCGGCGGCGACGGCGACGCGAGGCAGCAGGUGCGGCGGCAGCAGCGAAGAGAGCGCCGACAGCGGGGGCCGCCGCCGCCGCGGCGGCGGCGGUCACUACGGCGACGGCGGUGACCUGGCAACGCUGGCGGCGGCGGCGGCGGCGGCGGCUUCUGGGUCGGCGGCGGCGGCGGAAAGCGGUGACGGCUGCUGGUGUGUGGGUGACAGUCAGGAGCAAGGCACGGCCGGCGGCCGGUUGGUUGGAAGCGGCGGCGGCGGCUGCGGCGCGCGCGGCGGCAGUCUUGCGAAUUGUGGGUACGGCGGCGGUUACGGCGGAGGCGGCGGUUACGGCGGCGGUAGCGGUAACGGCGGCGGCGGCACGGGCAGCGAGGACGGCGGAGGCGGCACGUCGGCCUACAUGACGCCGGCUGACGUGGAGGACAACACCGCCACUGGGGAGCUGCCGCCGCUACAGCCCUGGGAGCUGCUACAGCCGCCGCCCGCGGCGACAGCCGCGGGGCUGCUACAGCCGCGCUCGCGGACGGGGGCGGCGGCGGCGGCGGCGGAUGCGGCGCGGGAGGGCCCGCCGGCCGCAGUGCUGCGUCUGCCGGACCCGGUGCCGGCGGCUGCAUGGGCCGCGUCAACGCCGACGCCGACGGCGACUGAGUCGGGAAGACAGCUGGGUUGGGCUUCGUUGCAGCAGCAGCAGCAGCAGCAGCAGCCGCAGCAGCCGCGCAACCCCUCACCGCUGGCCAUGCCACUGCUACAGCUACAGCAGCAGUCGGAAGCGGCAGGUGCUGCUACAGCCGGCACUGCCGCCAGCGGCCACCCGGCGGCGGCUGCCGCCGGAGGCGGCGCCGCCGGCCGCCGCUGCGCCACUGACCUAUUGGACUGUGCCGCCGUAUUGGCGGCGGCGGAGGCAGUGACGGAGGCGGCGGCGGCGGCGGGCUCGGCGGCGGCGCCGCCACUGGCCAGCCGCCAGGCGGCGCGCCGCCAGCGCUGGGGCAGCGGCCGCGGCGGUGGCGGCGGCGGCGGCGUGCGAGAGAUCACGCCGGCGGCGGCCGCCGCCACCACGGCUGCUACUGCCGCAAUGGCGGCGGCGCGGCAGGGCCAGCGGAUAGCACUGAGCCGCCGCCGCCGGCGCCAUUGGCACGACGAGUCAACUGGCAGUAGCAGCAGCGGCGCCGGCGCCGCCGGCGGCGGCCGUGGUCGGGCCGGCGGUUGUACGGGAGGCGGCGGCGGCGGCGCCGCCGCCGCUGACGCAGGCGCCUGGGCGGCGGCGCAGGCGGCGGCUGUAGCUGAGAACGACGAGGGCAGCGGUGACAGCGAGGACGAGCGGCUGAAACGGCUGUUUGCGCACAUGGCGCACUGGGGCGGGCGUGGCGUCAGCGUCGGCGUCGGCGGCGUUGGCGGUGGUGGCGGUGGUGGCGGCGGCGGUGGCCGCGGCGAGGCAGUAGCAGGACGGGGUGCCGUAGAGAUGCGGCCGGACUGCGAGGCGGCGGAGCCGGCGGCCGGCGUGUACGGCGAGUACGGCAGCGGGCAUGAAGGCGACGACGAGCUCGGUGGCGUCGGCGGCGGCGGCGGCGGCGGCGGCAGCCGGAGGCGGGGCCGUGCUGCCAGCUAUGCCGCAGCCACUGCCGCUGCCGUCGCUGCGCGCGCCGCCCGCAGCCGCCCCAACCCAGCAAUCGCGGCUGUAGCACCCGCGCCGGCGGCGGACGACAUGAUGAGUGGGAGCGACGGCAGUAGCCGUAGUGGCCGCGGCCACCACCGCCGGCACGACCUGGCGGCGGGCGCCACUGACAGGCGGCCCGACGACGCGGCUGCUACUGCCGCGGCUGCUACUGCCGCGGCUGCUGCUACUGCCGACGGGGCUGCGGCAAUGGAUACAGAGUCGGACCGUGAUGCUACAGCCAAAGAUAUGUCGGAUGAUUGCUGCGGGGCGCAAGGCUCAGCCGUAGUAGCCGCUACUGGUGCUGCUGCUGCUACUGCCACCACUGAUGCUACUGCUGCGGGCCGUGGCUUGGGACAAGGCAUGGCGCGCGCGCCGCAGCGCCCCGCAGCGCCGCCGGCCGCCGGCAGUAGCAGCCUCAGCCCCAGCCUCAGCCUCAGCUUUAGCCCGGUGGCCGCCACAUACCGCCACUACUGCCGAUCCCCGCGCGGCGGCGGCGGCGGCGGCGCCGCUAUCUGGCGGCACCACUCGCUCGCCCUCCACCACCGCGGCGGCGGCGGCACCCCUGCAGGCGGGCCACGCGAUGGCGACGCGGGUGCUGCUACAGCCAUUGCCAUCGACACUGCUACAGCCAUUGCCGAAGGCUUCAACCGGCCGCCCUCCCGCCGCGGGGUGGCGGCAGGGCAUCCACAGGCUGUAGCAGCGGGAGGAGCGGCGGCACCAGAGGGGUUCGGCAGCCCGGUGGCUGUAGCUGCCCCGCCGCCGGCGCGGGGUCUGGCAGUAGCUGCAGCAGCAGCGCCGGACCCAGGCUACCAGCCGCUGCUACAGCCGCAGCCAGCGCUGGCGUUGAUGCAGCGCCACCAGCACCAGCAAUUGGAACCACAGCAGCAGCAGCAGCAGCAGCAGCAGCAGCGGCAGCAGCUGCCGUGCCUGUUCUCGCCGCCGCCACCUCGCACCAUGCGCGCGGCGGCGGCUCAUCUGCCGGCGGCAGCAGCCGGCGCCGCCGCGGCGUGGCGCGUCGUGUUUGGCCCUCCUGCUAUAGCUGCAGCUGCUGCUGACGCUGCGAGGCUCAAUGCUGCGGGGCUCGAGGCUCCCAGCUGGGGCGUGUGCGGCUCCGUCUGGGGCGCCGCUGGCAGCGGCGGCGGCGGCGGCGGCAGCAGCAGUGGCCUCUUGACCCCUGGCGGCGGCGCUGUACGUCUCGGCGAUCUGGGUUCAGUGAGCCUGAUGGCUGCUACUGCCACCGCUGCUGCUACUGCCGCUGGCAGCCGUGGAGGGCGCGGCAGCAAUGGCGGCGGCGGUAGCACUGGCGGCGGUGGCCGGGUUCGGCGCCGCCGUUCCUCAGCCACCAGCUACUCCGCCACAGAGAGCGGCAUGGCGGCGGCGGUGGCAGGCUGUAGCAGGGGCCGCCGGGUGGUUGCUACUGCCGCGCCGCCGCUCGAGGCAGUAGCUGGUGGGUGGGACGGUCUGCCUGCACGGGGGUCCAGUGGUGGCGGCGGCAGUGGUGCGGGCGGCGGCGGUGAUGGCGGCGGCGGUGGCGGCGGCGGUGGCGGCGGCGGUGGCGGCGGCGGUGGCGGCGUUCAUCGGGAGCAGCAGCAUCCUCGCAAGCGCAGUCGCCUGGGUGGUGGUGGGGCGGCGGCGGAGCCUGCCGUGUCGACUGCGGCGGCGGCGGCAGUAGCACCAGCAGCGGCGACGGCAGCCCAGGAUGCGCAAGGGCUGCCGAGGGUUGGUCCCAUUGGGUGGCGGCCGGCGGCCGGCGGCGGCGGCAGCCUCGUGCGAACGGGGCUGGCGGGACAAGGCGGCAGUAGCGCUGGCGGCGGCGGCGGCGGCGGCGGCGGCAGCGGUGGCGGCGCGGCUGCGGGGCGGCAGCGCGGUAGCGGCAGCAACAGCGGGCGCGCGGGUGCGGCUGCGAGUGUGGCGGGUGCAAGUAUGUCGGCGGCGGCAGCAGCACCGGGUGCCCUGGCAAACUUCAUCCGCGCACUCAAGCUCGACUCGGCAGAGCGCGAGCCCCCGGCUGUAGCAGUGCCGGCAGUUACUGCCGCUGCUGCUGCUUCCACUGCUCCUGCUGCAGCUGCGGCUGGGCCCGCCCCGGGGUCGGGCUCGGGCUCGGGCGCGUUGGUGCGCACCGCGGCCGCCCAGUGGCGCAAUGCGGUCUUUGCGGCGGCGGCGGCGGCGGCGGCGGCGGCAACUGCCCCAGCAGGAGUGACGGCCGCGCCGCAGCCGCAGCCGCAGGCGCAAGUUAUCACACCAAUGCGCGUGCAAGCACCGCCGCCCGCCGCCUGCGCCCAAGCGCACCCUGCGUCAGCCACAGCCGAAGCAGCCGCACAGCAGCAGCAGCAGCAGCAGCAGCAGCAGCAGCAGGCCGCGGCGGCGGCGGCGGCGGUGGCCUCGCGGGCUGCAGCGGCGGCUCGCGCGGCGGCGGCGGCGCGAAUGGCGGCGGCGGCUGCCAAGAGCGCACGUGAUGAUAUGGUGGCGGCUUGUAUGUACGGCGACCCGCCGCCACUGCCGCCAGAGUAUGGCAGUUACCCCGGCGGUGGCGGCAGGGCUGGCGGCGGUGGCGGCGGCGGCGGCGUGGGGCCAGGAGCGGAAGGGGAGGCGCGCGAGGUGGCGGCGAAUGCAGGGCACGACGGAGACGUGGACAUGCAGGCGGAAGAGCAGGAGCCUGCCACUCCUACUACUACUGCUGCGUCGGCGGCGCAGCUGGCUCCUGACGUGCCCACCGCACCCGCCGCUCCGUCCGCCGCAGCAGCUGCCGCAGCAGCUGCUGCCUCAGGCCAGCGGUUCCACGGCGCCGCGGCACCGGCGGCCUGCACCACUGCGCCGGCCCCUCACCUGUCGUCGUCGCCGCCGCCGCCGCCGCCACCGCCGCCGCCAGCGCGCCGCCCGCCGCCACCUGCUCCACCCUCGCCGCCGCCGCCGUGCCCAGGCGGCGACGCUGCGCUGGCGGCGGCGUUGGGGCCUCUGCCGCCGGCGCUUGUAUUGGAGGGCUGCCUGCUGCCGAGCCUGGCGGAGCGGCGGGCGGCGUCCAUACAGGCGGUGGGCUGCCUGCGGGCGCGGGCGGCGAUGGAGGAGAAGGAGGAGGAGGAGGCGGAGGAGGAGGGCGAGGCAGAGGCGGCGGCGGCAGCAGAGGGGAGCGGGGAAGAGGACAGUGCUGGAGGCGCCGAUGCGGGUGUGCAGGAUAUGGUGUGAACUGCGUGGAGGUGGGACGCGGUUUCCGGGGGCGGCGGUUGACGUAGCCAGGUGUUUUGGUGGGCGGGAGGUGCGGCAGGCACUGGGGGACUCGAUGCGAAGCAUACGCGGGUUUGUGGUGGGGCGGGGCGGGGGGGGGGGGGAGCCCAGGCAGGCGGUGUGCGGUGCUGCACUACCGUAUUGUGUAGCGACGUGUGAGCGGGCGAGUAGUAGGGCCAGGUGCGCAGGACGUGCGCACGCGUGUGCGGUUGUGUAGGGAGGGGUUUGAAGGGCUGGCAUUUGGCAGGCAGUCUGUGGAGCGUGUGUGCGUGUGUGCCUGUGUGCGUGUGUGCCUGUGUGCGUGGGCGCAUGGCGCGACCAGUGGGCAGUGGGGGAGGCGGGGGGUAUCCGGGUAUGUGACAGAGGGCGUAGGGAGCAGGUGGCUGAGGCAUUGAUGGCACGACCAGUGGUGCAGAGUAGUUGCAAUGUCUACAAUAAUGUAAUCUGGUGAUGGCGUCCAUCGAAUGAUCGCGGCGGGGCGUGAAGCCGAGUAGAGAUGCACUGCGACAUGGAGACAAGCUCAUAGCUGGUAGGGGUUGCUGAAGGGGAUUGUGCCGGAGCCUUACAACGACUAUCGUC